UAUCGGAUCACCUUUUUCCUCCUCCGAGACAAUCGCCGUUCUUUUUUUUUUUUAAGACGCAGUGGAGCACCAAUCGGCUACUGUAAACUGUAGCUAUCUGAUCAUUCAGCCAAAACCCUAUUUCCUGGUGCAUUUCUUUUCUCGUCCAUUAACACCCUUAACACUAACCUCUCUCUCGCAUUUCUCUACCACUAUCAUAAUAAGGGUGAAGUAAAUGGCUCUUUUUUCUCGAAUCCGUACAAGUUCAGUUCUGCGCCACCACUGUCGUCAUUUCUCCGCUGCUUCGAUUCUCUCUCAAGAUUCAAAAACCCCAUUAACUUCGAAGGAGAAAACCAGAGCUGCACUGUCUCUCCUCAAAUCGGAGAAGGACCCGAGUCGGAUCCUUGACAUCUGUCGGGCCGCCUCGCUCACUCCCGAAUACCACCUGGACCGCAUCGCCUUUUCCGUUGCCAUCGACAACCUCUCAAAGUCUAACCACUUCAGUUCGAUUUCUCAGCUGCUCGAGGAGUUCAAGGCCCGACCCGACCUCAAAACGGAGCGUUUCGGUGCCCACGCUAUUGUCCUCUACGGUCAGGCCAACAUGCUCGACCAUGCCGUCAGGACCUUCAAGGAGUUAAACGAAGCGGGAAUUCCUCGUUCCACGAAAUCCUUGAAUGCGUUGCUAUUCGCUUGCAUUUUGGCUAAAGAUUACAAGGAAGUGAAGCGGAUUUUCCUCGAAUUCCCCAAAAUUUACGGAGUCGAGCCCGAUUUGGAGACGUAUAACACUGUGAUCAAGGCGUUUACCGAGUCGGGUUCGUCAAGCUCAGUGUACUCUGUGCUGGCGGAGAUGGACAGGAAAGGGGUGAAACCGAAUGUCACGAGCUUCGGGCAUUUGCUCGCUGGGUUUUACAAGGAGGAGAAGUACGAAGAUGUUGGGAAGGUGUUGAAGAUGAUGGAGGAACGUGGGGUGCAAAGAGGGAUCUCCAUUUACAAUAUCAGGAUUAAGAGUUUGUGUAAACUGAAGAGAACCGCAGAGGCCAAAGCAUUGUUUGAUGGGAUGGUGUCGAGAGGGAUGAAGCCUAAUUCGGUUACUUACCAUAAUUUGAUCUUUGGGUUCUGCGCGGAAGGGAAUUUUGAGGAAGCUAAGAGCUUGUUCAAGACUAUGAGGAACAGGGGUUGUCAGCCGGACAGUGAUUGUUACUUUACUCUUGUUCACUUUUUGACACAAGGAAAGGACUUCGAGACUGCGUUGAGCGUUUGUAAGGAGAGUAUGGAGACAGGGUUCGUUCCAAAUUUUACAACAAUGAAGUCACUUGUCAAUGGGCUGGCGAGCAUUUCAAAGGUUGACGACGCAAAGGAACUUGUUAAGCAAAUAAAGGAGCGCUUUAAGAAGAAUGCAGAUACGUGGAAUGAAAUAGAAGCAGAGUUGUCUCAGUAGGGAAGAAAAAUGGCGAUUUUCUUUCAUCUGAGGUUGAAAUCUGUCUCAAUCUCGCAUGAUAAAUUAUAUUUUUUAUUCAGUUUGAAAAUCCCAUCUUAGCAUUUACCUCAGUCGGAUUACUAAUAACAUCUCCUUGUUAAUGGAAGAUAGGGUUUCAUUUUGACAGUCUCGGUUGUGGGAUUUUGGGCCUGUAAUGUCACUUUGGAAACAUAUUUUUGAUAUCUGUAUAUUGUGCUUGUCCUCUGCUUUGCUAGUGAUUCAAUCUUGGAGUACUUCGUGUCA